UGGGGCGCAUUUCAAUCGCGCCGUAACUUAACAAGGAAAGGACAGUGAACCGGGUUUUAGUCCAAGUUUACCCAACCCGCUUCCACCUUCGUCUCUCUGGAAGUCUCUUGAAUUUACGACGCCAAAUCGGGUCUCUUUCCUCUAUUUUCACCUCUCUCUCUCUCUCUCUCUCUCUCUCGCCAUCCCCUCAGAGACAAGCUCACUCGUAUACUCCUUCUUCUACACGAGGUGAUUGGUUACGUGUACGGAGAGUAUAAUGUCGAAGUUAUUUGGAGGGAAAGAUCCAUUUGAUGACCCGUUCUUUACUAUGCCCUUUAGUGGCUUAUUUCCUCCUCAACAUAACUCUGGAAAUGGAUCAAAGGAAAUAACAAUCGAAGAGGUAGACUCUGAUGGGAACCCUUUGAAGCAUUCUGAGCCAAGCAAAGAACUUGUUGCCAAAAAGCCUAAUGGCAAACAAGCUAAUGGGACGAAGAUUUUCAGCUUUCAGAGAGUUGCAUAUGGGGGAUUGAAUGGGAUGUAUUACACUGCUUCAGUCACCAGGAAGAGUGGAGAUGAUGGGGUGGUUAUGAUGGAGGUCAAUGAGGAAGAUAAGACAGUGGGUCAAGCCACGAAUACAGUUUCUAGAGGAAUCCGUGACAAGGGCCAUUCAGUUACGACAAAGCGUACUUCAGAUGGUAAAGUGGAUACUCUGCAGACUUUGCACAACUUGAAUGAAGAUGAGCUUGUGGGAUUUGAAGAUAAUUGGAAAGCUAAUCAACAGAAGUUGCCUGCUGAUUGGAACCACGGGUUCAAAUUGCUCGAGAAUGCAGCAGAGGAGAGCGGCAGCAGAUGGGAUUGGUGGCCAUCUUGGGGUGGUUGGGCUCUUCCGUUUGCAGAGCACUCAGCUGAUGCUGGAGGAACCGUGCCAAGGAUUGAAGCUGGGACUUCUUCUGGGGGAAGAGCUAAGAAGAUUGUUCGAGUCAAUAUAGACUAGACCAUGACUAGUCAACACCCUUUUGGAAGGUCGAGUUAAUCCUGAAUAUAUAUAACCUGUUAGAGCAAUGGUAAUGGGACUCAAACACUUGGUGCUUGCCCUCUCUGUUAGCUAAGCUUUGGCUAAGUCAUGUUUCUUAGACAAGUAUAUAGCUUGCAAAUCUGGGUUGGAUGAUGCUCCUUUAUCGUAUUGGCCACAUUAUCUGCUUUUGUGGCUUGGUAAUUCGUUAAUGUUAGAAGUUUGGUGUCGUCUUCUAA